CAUAUGCUAAUGCUGCAGCCUCAUUCAGCUGUUGGUGGCUGUUUCUCAGGGGGAGGGUCGUGCAUUUAGGGGGCAGCUGUAUGCAUUUUACCAAACUGACUCUGACGGGCGAACGCCACAACUUCAUUUUUGUUACUUUCUCCAUUUUCUCGCCAAACUUUGUGAAGAAUGAUCGUGGCGGUGUAACUGCUGCUCUGCACGUCCUUCCAGACUUUUCAAAGCGUGUUUCUUCUCCGGAGGCUUCUGCUCCACAAGUGUUUGGUGGAUUUGAUGCGAUGGAAUAAUAUUUACAAUGCGGCUCUCGGGAAUUUGCAUUCCUUUCCUUCAGAUUUUCUGGAUUUGAUGAACAAGGACUCUGCUUAUCAGAUCUAACUCCUCCAGCUGUCAGUCUGCAUUGGUUCCACGCUGCGAAGAAAGUCUCUGCUCAGUGCGCUUCAAACACGUUUUCUUGACACCCAAAUGUUGUGUAUCAACUGCCAUGCCAUGCGCUCUCAAAGACUUAUGACGACGGCUGCUUCUUUAACUCAGGAAAGGGGCUUCUCUGCUGUUUGCCAGUGAGCAAACCACAUGACACGAUGAGGACCAGCCCAGAAAAUCUGCCCCUCAAGGAAGCUGCCGGCAGGAUAUGAGUAUUUUAAGCCCUGUGACAGAUAACAAGUCCAACCUUGUGGGAAUAGUGGGAGGCCCAGAAGAAUACACCAGAGCUAUGCAGUCAGAGGAGCUAUUCAGCAGGAAACUUAAAGCCUUGAAUGGAAGUAUGGGACCACCAGCCUCCAGCAUGCAGGUGAAACCUGACUGUGUCGGCAAAACAAACGGUACUCCUGCCAUGCCUAAAAUGGGGGUUAGGGCCAGGGUGACAGAGUGGCCACCGAGAAAAGACGGAUGGGAUGGACGGCCUUCUCCAAACUACCAGAGUGUGAUAUCCGUUUUCCAGAAUGGACAGCAGGAACAUACUGUGGAAUUACUGGAGCAAGGAGAAGAUGUUUGUGUAGAUAUGGAUUACAAUGACAAAUACACACUGAGCGACCUUCUCACCAACUCCCCAUUGAAGGGCCUUCACCCCAUUCGCCAACGCAGCAAUAGCGAUGUCACCAUAAGUGACAUCGACUCUGAGGACAUCAUGGACCAGAACGCUGUUAACCCAAACACUGGAGCUUCACUGCAUCGUGAAUACGGCAGCACGUCUUCUAUAGACCGCCAGGGUCUCGGUGGAGAAGGCUUCUUCACGAUGCUCAGAGGCUACAGAGUGGAUAACCUGGACCAUCGUAGCAUACCGCCUCUGGGUUUUCCAGAGUUGCUGCGCUGUGAUGCUUCCCUGUCCCCAAGCUUGCAGACAGCAGCACAAAUUGCCAGGGGAGAGAUCAUCCACAUUCCAGGCUAUGAUUACAUAGACAGUUCUCUCCUAUACAGCCGCGAGCGCGAGAAAUCAUUUAUUAGGCGACUCAAAUCAGAGUCAGCUGAGCCGUCUCUUUUUAGAAAAUUACGGACAAUAAAAAGUGAGAGCGAUGCCUUGAGACUCUCCCUAGAGGACGACCGUCGGCCGCUAAGCUUCCAAAAAUGCUUUGCCCACUACGACGUCCAGAGCGUCCUUUUUAACAUCAGUGAAGCCGUGGCGAACAGAUUCAACCUGAGUCAGAGGAAGAACACCACCACUGGAGCUUCAGCCGCCUCCGCCGGGGUGGGGGCAGAGCCCGGCCUGGUGUUAGGAGGUGGGGUUGGACCUGGAGCGGGGGCAGACAGUGCAGCGCUUGGAUGUGGCGGUGGAAAUCCCAUGUUUGAGUCUCCACUCGGCAGCAGGGAGGAUUUAAACCCCAAAGAGAACCUGGAUGUGGAUGAGGGAGAUGGAAAGAGUAAUAGCUUAGUACUCGGCUGCCCGCACUUUCGCAAUGAGAUUGGUGGUGAGGGAGAAAGGAAGAUCUCCCUCUCCAGAGCCAACAGCGCCAACUACAGCGGGAUAUCGGAGAGCUGCUCUUUUGAGUCCUCUCUAAGUUCCCACUGUACCAACGCUGGAGUCUCUGUUCUGGAGGUGCCCCGAGAGAACCAGCCAAUCCACAGGGAGAAGGUCAAACGCUACAUUAUCGAGCACAUUGAUCUUGGGGCUUACUACUACAGGAAAUACUUCUAUGGGAGAGAACAUCAGAACUAUUUUGGUGUGGAUGACAAUCUUGGACCCGUGGCGGUGAGCGUUCGUCGGGAGAAGCUGGACGAUGGAAAGGAAAAAGAAGGGAUGCAGUUCAACUACCGGGUCUGCUUCAGAACCAGCCAGCUCACCACCCUGCGAGGAGCCAUCCUCGAGGAUGCCAUCGCAUCAACAGCCAGACACGGAACGGCCCGCGGCCUCCCGCUUAAGGAAGUGCUGGAGUAUGUCAUUCCUGAGCUGAACAUCCCAUGUCUGAGGCUGGCCCUCAACUCUCCCAAAGUCCCAGAGCAGCUCCUCAAACUGGACGAGCAGGGGCUCAGCUUCCAGCACAAGGUGGGGGUGCUUUACUGCAAAGCGGGCCAGAGCACCGAGGAGGAGAUGUACAACAACGAGAGCGCGGGACCGGCGCUCGACGAGUUCCUGGAUCUGCUCGGUCAGAGAGUGCGACUCAAAGGCUUCGCUAAAUACAGAGCCCAGCUGGAUAAUAAGACGGACUCCACUGGCACACACUCUCUGUACACCACCUACAAGGACUACGAGCUGAUGUUUCAUGUGUCCACCAUGCUCCCCUACACACCCAACAACCGGCAGCAGCUGUUGAGGAAGAGGCACAUCGGCAAUGACAUCGUCACCAUAGUGUUUCAGGAGCCGGGGGCCCUUCCUUUCACCCCCAAGAACAUCCGCUCUCAUUUCCAGCACGUCUUCGUCAUCGUCAAGGUCCACAACCCCUGCACUGACGGCGUGUGCUACAGCGUGGCUGUUUCCAGGUCCAGAAACGUUCCUCCGUUCGGCCCUCCCAUUCCCAAGUCUGUCACUUUCCCAAAGUCAGCAGUUUUUAGGGACUUCCUGCUCGCCAAGGUCAUCAAUGGCGAGAACGCUGCCCACAAGUCUGAGAAGUUCCGGGUCAUGGCUACUCGCACGCGGCAGGAGUACCUGAAGGAUCUGGCUGAAAACUUUGUCAGCACGGCCACCAUAGACUCAGCCGUGAAGUUCAGCUUCAUCACCCUCGGAGCCAAGAAGAAGGAGAAAGUGAAACCCAGGAAGGAUGCGCACAUGCUCAGCGUGGGCGCCAUCACCUGGAGCGUCUGCGCCCGGGACUUCGGCCAGUCCAUGGACGUGGACUGCUUGCUCGGCAUCUCUAAUGAGUUCAUCGUGCUCAUUGAAGAGGAGUCCAAAAAUGUGAUUUUUAACUGCUCCUGCCGGGACGUCAUCGGAUGGACCUCAGGGAUUAUGAGCAUCAAGAUCUUCUACGAGCGCGGGGAGUGCGUCAUGCUGUCCGCCCAUGACAACUGUGGAGAAGACAUUCGAGAGAUGGUCCAAAGACUGGAGAUCACCACCAGAGGCUGCGAGACGUCGGAGAUAACUCUGCGGCGGAACAGCCUGGGCCAGCUCGGCUUCCACGUCAACUUUGAAGGCAUCGUGGCCGACGUGGAGCCUUUCGGCUUCGCUUGGAAGGCGGGCCUGAGGCAGGGCAGCCGGCUGGUGGAGAUCUGCAAGGUGGCCGUGGCCACACUCACCCACGAGCAGAUGAUUGACCUGCUGCGCACGUCGGUGACCGUCAAAGUGGUCAUCAUUCAGCCCUACGAAGACGGAACGCCAAGAAGGGGCUGUUCGGAGCUUUACCGGAUACCUAUGGUUGAGUACAAGCUGGACAGCGAGGGGACGCCCUGCGAGUACAAGACGCCCUUCAGGAGAAAUACCACCUGGCACCGAGUGCCCACAACCGCUGGGGCCCCUUUAUCGCGCGGCUCCCCCACUCAGGGCCCCGACCGCCUGCAGUGCCAGCAGAUCCUGCAGCAGCACCAGGCGGCCAUUCCACGGAGCACAUCCUUCGAUAGAAAGCUGCCCGACGGCCCCAGGACGAUGCAGGACAUGGAGAAUCCACAGCUGUCCUCAUGCAAUAAGGGAGACCAGCACUACCGCAGCUCCCCCAGCAACCAGUCGUCCUCCAGCGAUCCGGGCCCCUGCGGCAGCGGCACCUGGUCCCAACAGCCUGUAUAUGAUGGGUGUCCCUCCCCGGUCCUCCAUGAGCGAGCGGCGGACAUGCAGGGAGCCGACGGAGAGCUCCGCCGCGACAGGGAGCCCACUCUGGAGAGGACCAGAUCUGCGGAGGCCAAAUGGCACAUCCCCUCCACCAAGAUCCUGAAUCCUGUGAAGCAAAGAGAGGGAGGGAAAGACUCCCCGAACAAGCUGUCCAGGACCGGUGACAAAAACUCCAGCCACUCCAGCAGCAACACCCUUUCCAGCAACGCCUCCAGCAACAGCGACGAUAAGCACUUUGGCUCUGGAGACCUGAUGGACCCGGAGAUGCUGGGCCUCACCUACAUCAAAGGGGCCUCCACAGACAGCGGCAUAGACACCAACCCCUGUGUGGCCCCCGGGGCGCGGGUGCUCCAGGGUAGGGUCGGGGAGCAGGGACACCCCUGGAUGUCGGAGCACCACGAGGACGGCACAUCCGAGGAGGAGAGCGGGAAGCUUUACCUGCAGCAGAGCUUCGCUUCGGCCGUCCUGUCCAGUCACGCGACGGAGGGCAGCAUCGGAGACCUGAGCGAGAUCUCGUCCCAUUCCAGUGGCUCACACCACUCUGGGAGCCCCCUGGCCCGCGGCGCCAGGUACUGCGUGUCCGCUGACUCCUCCAAGGUGUACACCAUCCCCCAGACCAGCAGCGCAGGGCCGGAGCCGGGGCCAGGACCCAGCUCAGAGGCCUGCGGACAAACGCGCACACAGGCCGGUUGUAAACAUCCCGCGGGUGUGAGGACGACUGAUGAUGGUGCUGAUGAGAAUGAUGAUGCCCACAGCACUGACGGACCCCCCAACAUUUCAGAGUGUGGAGGAGCGGAGAGCUUGCUAGCUUUCCUUCUCCAAAUGCUGUCUGAGUGUUCCAGGCAGCUGUACGCACAAGAAGCAGCCUGUCGCCUCCAGGCUGCAGAGCGAGAAGGAAAAUCGCUGCAGCGCCUCUCGAAGGGGGAAUACUGUAAGAUGAUGCUGCCCGACGGCCCUUCAGCCGAGGACAGGAGCCGAAAGGUGUCCGGCGUGGGCAGUCUGUCUCCGAGGCGCUCCUUGUACCGGACGCUGUCGGACGAGAGCGUGUGCAGCAAUCGCAAAGCCUCGUCGUACGGCAGCUCGCGCAGCUCCAUGCUGGAUCAAGCCAUGCCCAACGACAUCCUGUUCAGCACAACGCCGCCAUACCACAGCACGCUGCCUCCCCGCAUGGUCCACAACCAGGGAGCCUCCAACCUGCGCAGUGAGUUUUGGUUCUCUGAUGGCUCCUUGGCGGACAGGGCCAAGUUCAGCGACCCGGGCCUCAUGCCCCUCCCAGACACUGCCUCAGGCCUGGACUGGUCUCACCUGGUUGAUGCAGCACGGGCCUUUGAAGACCAGCGCGUGGCUUCUUUCUGCACGAUGACGGACAUGCAGCGCGCCGAGGCUCUGCAGAUAUCCAGAGAGCUGACCAGGCGGGUGGUGGAGGCUGAGGGCGCAGCACUGGAAGCAGACAGCUCCCCAUCCACCCUGACAGGCAAAGUCAACCAGCUGGAGGUUAUCCUCAGGCAGCUGCAGAACGACCUCAGAAAGGAGAAAGAGGACAAAGCAAUGUUACAGGAGGAGGUGCAGCACCUACGACAGGACAACAUGCGGCUGCAGGAGGAGAGCCAGACGGCGGCGGCUCAGCUCAGGAAGUUCACAGAGUGGUUCUUUCACACCAUCGACAAGAAACCCUGAGGCACAGACUCGGACGCUUGGAGGGGAGACGCCCCCUUAUCAAAACCUUUUAAACAAACGGACGAACGGCUGAGGAAAAAUGACCAUCAUCUCCAUCCCUUUUGCUUUUGAGACUGCUGCAAAGGGUCCGGCGUCCGGACCCGGAGACGUGUUUUUGGGAUCCUCCUCCACACACUCUUCAUCCUGGUGAAAAAGGCAGCUCGAGAAACCUCACCACCUUCAAUGCGAGAGACAAUUAUGAAAGGAGUCCCUCAGGGGCCCCCGCUGAGUCCCUGGAAUCUUUUUACAGGAGUGGAAUGUAAAGCUCAUUUACUGUAGUCGACAUUUAAUCUACCUACGUCAGUCUACUGUACUGUAUUCUUAGCUGUACUGUCUAAUACUGCGCACACUGUCACGCCGCUGUUUCUGUGCCGACUCUCACAGACGAAGCAGGGAGGGGGAAGGAGGAUUGUGGCGUCUGCUUUCACCAGGAGUCCACGGGUGGCGGUCUUAGAACACCCGAUGGGAAGGGAUGAAUGUAGCCGGACUGAGACCCGGUUCUCGGUUGAUUUCUGGUUCCCAGAAUCCAGGCCUGGAGGGCCGGUCGGUGUCCUGCCCGUUUUCCAACCAUCCUGCCAUUGAAGCUCCUUAUUGGCCAAACACGCCCGAUCCAGGUAAUCAGCCGCAGCAGCAGAAAAGGCGGGGUUUCUGGAAAACCAGCAGGAGGCUGGAUUUGGGAACGCCUGGUUCAAAGGUUCGACAUGUUCUGAUUUGUUUUAGAAAAGAACUCACUUCCACCUGCGUUUUCUUUCCUCUGUAUUGUGCUGUAGGGUCUCAUGGCGGUUGUUUUGAUGUUCAACUGUGCUUUUCCCUGCACACCUUCGUCAGUAGUUUUCAUUCACUGUCACCAUGUCUUAGCAAUAACAAAGUGGUAGUUGCAAAACUGUGUUUAAGAAAAAAGAAGUUAGCACAAAACGUGAACCCUUUUUCUUUUCAGAAGCAGUGGGAUUGAAUAUGUAUUUAUGACGCUGGAGGAGCCUGUGCCUAAAACUGGUUGUAAAAGGAUUGUUUCUUUGUUCUCUUUUGAUAAACACAUGCCUUGUCUGUGGCUCACGAUCUAAUCUCAUGUGUGAAUGCGUCUGCGUGUGUGUAGUUGAUGACAGCAAAAUGAGUUCUUAUGCAGUGGUUUCUAGAGCAUUAGUGCGAGCGCCGGUGAACCACACUUACAAUGCCAAAUGUGUUUAUUUGUGUACAGAACUGCCACAGAAGUGUCUUGUAUUUAACUCUAUUAUUUAAGCUUAUUUAACCUAAAGCGGUUUAUUUUAUUAAGGGUCUUUGUUUUCUGCACUAAGGACAAAUAAAGCUCUGUGUAUGUUGUAAAGUGUGUAGCUUGCCAGGGCAAGAAAAAAAAGAAAAGAAAUUCGACAACAAGGAAAUAAAAAACAAGACAAAACUAUAUAUUUGAAUAUAUAAAUAAUGGUUUUGGAGAUUCCAACUUUUGGAUGCUGCUAGAUUAACGGUUUGCUGGUUUGUAUGCUUUUAAAAAUGUCUCUCUCCAUUAACUGUUUCAUCCCAGGUGGGUGUUUGGUUGGUUUUUUAAAAUAAAUGUAGUUGUACAAAUU